UAACUCCGCUGAGACUCAGCAGAGGGCAGUAGUUAUUUACAAACUGCUGAGAUAAAAAUCGCCCGAAAGUAUACUCGCAUUGUUUAUGUAGGUCGGUUGUGGACGCGCUAGAGAUUGCUUGGCUUUUACUAAACCGCCACUAUUCAUGUAUUGUUAGAAAAUACAACUUAGCACUUUCUUUAUCCAGCUGCACGUCCAGCGUAAGACAUGAAGAGACCCAGAGAGCUAUGGAGCAUAGAUUCAGUGGUGUUUUAAACAACGAAGACCUCUCGCGAUUUUCAGACAUUGAGAACAAUUUCCCCACCGAAAGACCUAAAACACUGUUCGAGGAAAUUCGUGCCUCUAUAAUCAACAAUGACGAAGAGGAUCGCUCCUUCUGGAGACCCGUGCUUCCUUGGGGGGGCGUGUUUACCAUCAAGGCUGGGCGGAAGGCCAUAUCCUGCAUCCCCCUGUACGUGGAAGUCCAGCUAAAGAACACAUGCACCAUUGAUGGCUUCCUCAUGAUCCUGUAUGUGAUCCUGCGGGACAAUCAGGGCUUCCACAGGGAGCUGGCUGUAUUCCUGGGAAAGCAGUUUGUGGAGCAUUUCCUCUACCUGAUGGACUCCUGUGACUACACCACAGUGAAGAUGCUGUGGAUCUGGAACAAGAUGUCUAAGAGACAGUACCGCUCUGAGAUCCACCAGGCAGCCCUGGAGAUCGACCUGUUUGGGAAUGAGCAUGAAAACUUCACAGAGAACCUGGAAAACCUCAUGUCUACUGCUCAGGAGAGCUCGUGCAGCAGCUGUGACUGUCCUGGUCGCUUCCAGAACAUCAGAAAAACCACAAUCAACAUCAGCCCUCCUCACGAGCUUCCUCACAAAGACCCGAUCCAGUCAGCUGUCGACCAGUUUUUCAGGCCCAAGCUCCUCCUCUGCUCAGAACUGGGGUGCGAUGGCUUACGGGAGUUUUCUCAGAGGGUAUUCUGCCACGGCCCUCCACCUUUUGUCAUCCUCAACAUGCAGCAGUGGAGGUCAGAGGAUCUGUCCUAUGUUCCUUACCAUCUGGCUCUUUGUCAGCACAGAUACUUGCUAGAGGGCGCCACUCUCUUCAACAAGGAGGAGCAUCACUACUCUGCAGCCUUCCAGAUCGACGGCUGCUGGAUGCACUAUGAUGGGCUGAGGAGCGAUAAUCUGAUCCUACUGAACAAGCCACCCGAGCUCCUGCUGCUCUCCUCUCUGGUCUACAUCCGCGCCUCCGACAAAUGACCACCUUACCACGGGUGGAGGCCGUCCAGGUGACCCACAACUAUUAAAUCCAUCUGUCAACUGACAAAUUUCCUAUUAAUGGCAUUUUUUUUGUUGUUUCUUUUUCCAUUUUGUUGUUAAAAUGUAUAUUUUCUUUAACUCAUGCCCCGAGGAUGUCUUCUUUGCAGCUACAACUGGAUCAAACGCUGAUGAUUAUAAUUUUUGGGGCAUGCUUGGAAUCCAAGAAUAUUAUAUGGGCUAUAAUAGUUCUGGGUUGAUGUACUCUAAAUAUUGUUAUUAACCGCAGUUUAUACCUUCUAUACCGUAAAAACAGCCGAUGGAACAGUUUCUGCUGUUUUCUUAAGGUGGAAAUCCUUUAACCCUCCCACUGUCUUUGAGUGACCCCGCGAGGAAAGUUGACCAUUGAGCAGGAUUGAUGGUUUAUCCCUUGAGGUCUACGUGACAGGGGUGAGGUGGUGUUCACUCCUCACCCCUGUCACGUGGACCUCAAGGGAUAAACCAUCAAUCCUGCUCAAUGGUCAACUUUCCUCGCGGGGUCACACCCACUAGGACAGUGGGAGGGUUAAAAGUAGCCGUGUGUAACAGACGUUUAGACAGUUAAGAGGGUACUAUUGUUCCAGCAGAUGAUACUUUUCAUUUAUUUACAAAUGAUCGUGGUGCUUUAUUAGACUUUUGGUCAAAUGGAAAUGAUGAGACAAAGUUGGACUGUUUUGUUAAGCUGUUGAAAUACUUGGAGAACCUCGUGUUUACAGUGUGAACGUUAAAACGCAGUGAUGUUUAAGGCAGAGUGAGUCGUUUGUUUCAAAUUUAGUGAAAAUGAUAUAUAAACGAUGUUUGGCUUUUAUGGCAUUGGUCUGUGAUGAAAAAUGCAGUUUCUGCCUGUUGUUUUUUAAACGCUAAUCCUCACGAGAAUAGCUGAUCACAUGGUGCCUCUGCAGAGAAAAGCAGACGUCGUUUUAAAAUAAAAACGAGUAUUUUCACACA